UCACGCGGGCAGGCCUGCACAGCUCUGCGCGUUCUUUGUGCCCGCGGGCACGAGCCGAGGCUCACUCUACUACACAGAACGGAGCCCGGAGCUAGAGAACCAGGAAGUGAAAGCAUACACAUGGAGGGAGUGUCCGCCGCUGCUGUUUCUGUGUAUGUUUUAUUUUUAAAAACACGGUCCUCCGCGGACGCAUAAAUGGGAGACGCGAGGACCAAGCGGCGGGAGCAGCUGAAGCGGUGGGCCGGCUCCUCCACCGACAGAGCCUCGGAUGUGCCCAGGCUGAGGCGGCGGGGCGAUGCCGGGAACGGAGGAGGGGAGCCCGAGGCCGAGCUCGACGACCCGCCGAAGGACCAGCCGCUACCCGGGGGAGGAGACGAGAGACGACGGAAAAAGGUGAAAUUUGACAUUGCUGCUGAGUUUCUCGCAGCCUGUGCCAGCGGAGACACAGAGGAGGCCAAGGUGAUUCUGGAGGAGGCCAAACAGACUAAAAGAAGGAAUGGCGAGGGUACAGCAGAAAUUAUUAACUGCUCCAAUGCAGACGGGAUCACUGCUCUACACCAGGCCUGCAUAGACGGCAGCAUAGAAAUGGUGACCUUCCUUUUGGAGCAGGGUGCCAGUGUGAACCAGGUUGACAAUGAGGGAUGGACGGCGCUACAUGUUGCUGCCUCCUGCGGCCACGCUGACAUCACAGAGUUCCUCCUGCAGGAAGGUGCUUCUCUCACUGCUGUGAACUGUGAUGGUGAUGUUCCUGCGGACAUUGCUCUGGAUGAAACCACUGAGUCCCUACUUCAGAGUUACACUCGGAGACAGGGUGUGGACGUGGAGUCAGCUAAACGUUGGGAGGAGGAACAAAUCAUGGCAGACGCCCGCACGUGGCUGACUGAGGGCCUGCCUGCUGACGUACGACACCCAAAGACUGGAGCCACCCCGCUGCACGUGGCUGCAGCCAAAGGCUACCUCGAGGCCCUGAAGAUACUCUGUCAGUGUGGGCUGGAUGUGUCAGCUGUGGACUUUGAUGGCUGGACACCCCUCCAUGCUGCAGCUCACUGGGGUCAGGGGGAGGCUUGUCGCAUUCUGGCUGAACAGCUGUGCAAUAUGGAAGCUCGCAGCAACGGGGGUCAGACCCCAUUUGAUGUUGCUGAUGAAAGCGUUUCAGAGCUCCUGGAGGAAUUAUCUCAAAAACAAGCCAAUUGGCUUAAUGAGAGGUCAGUAUUGGACAGGCAACCGGGGUCCAACGCUACGAACGCACAAAACAAGCGGCGGAGGAGCUCGGUGUGCAGGAUGAGCAGCAGAGAAAAGAUGACUUUACAAGACCAGUCUAAGGAGCGGGGCAUUUCAGGAGGCUUGGACCUGAGCGAGGAGAAAGAGAACAGCCCCGAAAGCUCAACUGUCUCCAGUCCCGAUACAGAGAGUGCAACAUCUGCUGUCACUCCGGCCGACAAGACACCAACAGAUAAACAAGAGGAGGAGAAGGAGCAGGACAAGGCGAGCCGCACUGCCAGAGUACAACCCACCCCUCAGACGAAGGACGCUGCCGCAGAUAGUCCCAACGCUCCCAACGCUGACAGGCGCAAAUUCCAGGCUCCAGCGAGAGACGAAGAGUCAGAGUCUCAGAGGAAAGCUCGCUCUAAGCUGUUGCGGCAGACUCGCCGCCCCACACAGGGUGUGACUCUGACGGACCUCAAAGAAGCUGAGAAGUGUGUGGCUAAAUCUGGCGAUUCUUCACCUCGAACCAUCCAGCCGGUCAGCCCCCUCGUCACCAUCACGCCUGCAGAAAGAGACACAGACCCACAGGUGAAGCAGGAGGAGCCGGAGGGAGAUAAGCGUCUGCAAGCAAAGGACAGGCGGAAAGCGAGGAGGGAAAGACGCUCCACCGGCGUCGUUCAGCUGGGAGAAGAGAACGAGGAAGACCUUCGUCCAGAUGAUAAAAACAAUAACAGCACAUCCUCAUCCCUUGGGAGUCAGCUGUCAGAUGCAUCUACUGAUUAUAGACCGCUGUACUUCAAGAUGCUGCAGGAGAAUCUGUCUCUGAAGGAGAAGCUGCAGGAGAUGGAGCUGCAGCUCAGCCAAAACAAAGUGGAGCUGGAGAGACUCCGACAGGUUGGGCAGAGUCAGGAGAGCAGCACAGACCGGCCGGCCCUGCUGGAGCUGGAGAGAUAUGAGAAGCUGAAACUCCAGAGGAAAGCAGGGGAACUGGAAGACGAGCUGAAGGUUCUCGGGGACCUCCGAGCUGACAACCAGAGGCUCAAGGAUGAGAACGCCGCUCUGAUUCGAGUCAUUAGCAAACUCUCGAGAUGAACCUGUGACAGAAAAUAUUCACCUCCAUGGACGUAACGAGUAUUACAGGAUGUUUGUUUUUGUCCAGCUUGGACGAGACAAACGAGGAAGAGAGACACUGCACAACUUUCAACAGUAACUGGAGUAACGUCAUUUUCAGGGUUAUCGUCUGUGUUUGGGCCUUUUAUGUUUUGGCAGAUCUACUGUAAACCAAGCUGAACUUCACCUCCUGUGGACGGACAGGAUGUCCCUGCUUCCCACUCCCACUUUUUUUUUUUUUUAAUACGUUUUUAUUGUUGUAUUUUUUUUUUUUUUUUUUUAAAUUGAAAUAUUUUAAUGUGCUUCGCUCUGGUGAAACUUUGUAUUAAGAGACUUAAAGCCAUGCACAGUGAGAGCUCAGUGUGUUUUUAGACGGGGUGAAAGAUUUACAUAAGAGCCAGUCAGGUGUCUGUGGUGGUUACUAGAAAAAGACACACAAAUAACGUCAGCGUGCCAAAAACCAGCCCCAGUUUUUUUUGUCCCUUUGGGGGGAACCUCCAAACGGUCAGUGUUGUUUCUCAGGACGAGUCUUGGGCCGAUGCUUUCUGUUUUUAGCUGGCUGCUGUAGAAGAUGGACCAAAUUCGCACAUCUCCCGGCUCCUCUGAAUGUAUGUUAGACAUGUAUAUUUAUGUUCAGGGGCCGGCUGUCCUGAGGACAUGAUGUAAAGGUGUAGUCGCAGCUUCCGGAGAGUUUUAGGUGCUAAUCAUGGACGUCAGGCACAGCUCGUGUUCAGAGGGACGUUUACAGAAAAUAUUUGUUACACAGGUAUUUCAGGAGGCGAAGGACGCAUGCUCUAACUUUACUGUUCUUUACUCGUAGUUCUAUUUUGCCAUUUUUGACUGGAUGCUUGUGAAAGCCCCCCCAACCCCCAAGCUAAGUAUUCACCAUGUGACAGACGGCCGUUGUCCAACAGGAAGGCCGGAUGGGUCAGUUUUUGAAUGUUUACUAAAAUUUUAAAGAUAAAACCAACCACAACAAAUGCAUGUUAUAUUGUAUUUUGAUGCCGUGCCUUUCGAUAUGCAUUUGUAAGUAAUAUUUCUAUUUUGCUUUGGCAGCGUACACUGUUGAGUAUAAAAUACAGUAUGGGCAUAAAUGAUGAAGUAUCUGUUUGUUUUGUUGUUGAUAAAGAGCGAUCCCACGUCACAUGUGAAUAAAAACAUUGAGGCCCACAUUUUA